CGUAUACUCAUCAUGAAACAACAGCUCCAAAUGUCCCUUCUAAGUUUCUCCACCUGUACCUGCCCACAAAUCCACCUCUAUUUAUCGCCAUUUUCGUCCCACUUCCCAAUUAACAUCCUUGUUCCAGAAUCCUCAGAUCAGAUCAGUUUCCAUAGAUUCAUCCAAUGAUCAUCAGCAACUCCGCCAGAAUAGUGGCUUCCAGCGACGAUCUCUUGACGGAGAUCUUCCUGCGUUUGCCUGUGAAAUCCCUUCUCCGAUUCAAAUGUGUCUCCAAACGCUGGCUUUCACUCAUCACCCACCCCUACUUCCACACCCGCCUCAAAAAACCCGUCUCCGGCAUUGUCUUCAAGAAGUCUAAUUCCACCCUGCCCAUCCCGGAGUUUGAUUUUAUAUCGCUGGAUGGCUGCGAUGAUGCCCCGUUCAGAACUCUGGAGUUUGGUGAUGAGAAAUAUGGAAUGGCUGUCCAGUCUUCCUGCAAUGGCUUGUUCCUGUGUUGUAGUAGCUUCCGGGUUGAAAAUGGCCGCCGGAGCUUCUACGUUUACAAUCCCAGUACUCACAGUUUCGCCGCUUUGCCGGAUUCCCCUUACGAUUCCUUCUUGGUAAAACAUGGAAUCGGGAGAGUUCAUUCUGUUACCUUAGCGUUUGACCCGAAAAAAUCACCUUAUUACAAGGUUGUUCUUGUCGUCCCCUCCGAUAACGCGUCGCCGGCGCCGUUUCAGCUCGAGGUCUACUCGUCGGAAACCGGUGAAUGGAAGCGCCUGCAGAGGCCGCUCUUCCGCGAUCUCAACUAUAAGCUGGGAGUGUAUUGGAACGGCAGCGUUAACUGGUUCGGCAACAACAAUAAUGCCGAAACCGGGCUUCAUUUCAACGUGGAGAAAGAGAGCUUCGCGACAAUGGCGAUGCCGCCCAUGCCGGACCAAAAACGGGUGAGGUAUAUGCAGGAAUCCUGCGGCCAUCUCCACCUUAUCGACAUCCACGGCCCAAAAACCACGCAGUUUAAGGUUUACGAGAUGGAGAGGGACUAUUCCGGGUGGUUCGUGAAGUACCAGGUCGACAUUGAGAACGUGAUGAACGCUUUCCCUGAAUCUAUAAGCAAGAACCUGGAAAUUUCCGACAAGUUUUACUACAAGUUCCUGACGGCCAGCAUUGUCCGAUACGAAGAAAACGACGAGGAGGACGAGGAUUCAUUCCUGGUCUUGAGUGUUCCUGGGAAAGUUUUGCGAUACAAUUUCUCAGACAACAGUUUCGCGGUGCUCAGAGAUUUUGGUUGUGAUGAGCUUUUUGGGAACUCUCUCAUGCUUGGCUGGUUUGAUUGUUUUCAGUACAUUGAAUCAUUCUCUUGUGUGUAAAA